GCGCCCCGCGCAGGCCGGGAUUGCGGGGCCUCAGCCCCUCGCGGCCGCUUCCGGCCUUUGUGGGUCGCUCCCGGUACACUCAGGAAGAAACUUAUCAGGGGAGAUCGUACUUGAAGUACUGCUAAAAAUUGUGUGCAGCUAUGAUGGCAUCUGCUUGGGAUAUACAAGCCUACAAAGACCAGGACGAACUUUUGGAAGUAAAAAUAGAGGAGGAGGAAGAGAAGAAGAAGUUUACUGCCAGACAGGAUCAGAACCUGCAAAAAAACAACACCCAUAGCAGAGAGGUCUUCCGACAGUACUUCAGGCAAUUCUGCUACCAGGAGACAUCUGGACCCCGUGAGGCUUUAAGCCGACUUCGGGAACUUUGCCAUCAGUGGCUGAGGCCAGAGACUCACACCAAAGAACAAAUUCUGGAGCUACUGGUGCUGGAGCAGUUCCUGACUAUCCUGCCGGAGGAGCUCCAGGCCUGGGUGCAGGAUCAGCAUCCAGAAAGCGGGGAGGAGGUGGUGACUGUGCUGGAGGAUUUAGAGAGAGAGCUGGAUGAGACAGGCGAUGAGGUCUCAGUCCACACUGUGGAACAAGAAGUAUUCUUGCAGGAGACAGUACCGCUAGGAUCAGAACGAAAACCCAAUGUGUCUCUCCACUCCAUAGAAGCCCAGCUAAGGUGUGAAUCUCAGGAACUUCCAGUCCAACAGGAACAAGUUUCAGAUGUUGAGCCUGGAAAUGAGUACAGAAAUUUAAAUGUAAAGCAGGAAGUUUCUGAAGAAUUGGAACCAUAUGGAAAUACAUCUAACAGAUGUGAAAAUGACAUACCCCAGUCUGCUAGGUGUAGAGAAACUCACGAACCUGAGAAAAGAGUAGAAGAGUCUUCUGGAUACUCCAGGGAAGAUAAACCACCUACAUGUGCUGAAAAUGGAGCAAGUCUGACCGAUAACACAGACCAUGCUGAACACCAGAGAAUCUGUCCAGGAGAAAAAUCUUAUGAAUGUGAUGACUGUGGCAAAGUGUUUAGUCAACACUCACGCCUCCUAGAACAUCAGAGGAUCCAUACUGGAGACAGGCCUUACAAAUGUGAAGAUUGUGGAAAAGCUUUCCGUGGAAGAACUGUGCUUAUUCGACACAAAAUAAUACACACUGGGGAGAAACCAUAUAAAUGUAAUGAGUGUGGCAAAGCUUUUGGCCGCUGGUCAGCUCUUAAUCAACAUCAGAGACUUCAUACCGGAGAAAAACACUACCACUGUAAUGAAUGUGGCAAAGCCUUUAGUCAGAAAGCAGGCCUCUUUCACCAUCUCAAGAUCCACACGAGAGACAAACCUUAUCAGUGUACACAGUGUAAUAAAAGUUUUAGUCGGCGUUCUAUACUUACUCAACAUCAAGGAGUUCAUACUGGUGCCAAGCCCUAUGAGUGCAGUGAUUGUGGAAAAGCCUUUGUUUAUAACUCAUCCCUUGUUUCCCAUCAGGAAAUCCACCACAAAGAAAAGUGCUAUCAGUGUAAGGAAUGUGGAAAAUCCUUCAGUCAAAGUGGCCUUAUUCAGCAUCAGAGAAUUCAUACUGGAGAAAAACCCUACAAAUGUGAUGUGUGUGAAAAAGCCUUUAUUCAAAGGACAAGUCUUACAGAACAUCAGCGAAUUCACACUGGAGAGAGGCCCUAUAAAUGUGAUAAGUGUGGGAAGGCUUUUACUCAAAGAUCAGUUCUCACAGAACAUCAGAGAAUCCACACUGGAGAGAGGCCCUACAAGUGUGAUGAGUGUGGAAAUGCUUUCCGAGGAAUCACCAGCCUCAUUCAGCAUCAAAGAAUCCACACUGGGGAGAAACCUUACCAAUGUGAUGAGUGUGGAAAAGCCUUCAGACAGAGGAAGAAGACUAGCUACAAGGAAAUUCUUCUGAAAAAUCAGUGUGAACCCCAAGCUGGAGUGAAUCUUCUCCUGAGCUCUCUCAUUCCAGAAUGGCAGUCUUGUUGCAGGAAAGAUCUCUAAUACAGACUGAUGGCGAAAGAAGAGGCCUGUGCCUGGGACCAAGAAUCAAGCAGGCAAAGAAAUCACAGAUCUUUCCUCAAACUUUAAAUUGUUACUACCAAGAGAUAGAUACCUGGACCUCACGGGGCUGUCAGGAGACUCAGGGAGCUCUGUCCACAGUUCCUGAGACCCGAAAUACAUACUAAGGAGCAGAUGGUGAAACAGGUCCUGACCCCUGCUUAAGGGUAGGAUAUAAUAUCCAGAAUGUGGAGAGGAGGCAUGGAUUAUGCUGCAAAUGUUGAAGAGACAGCAUGAAUCAAAGAUAAGCCAGAGGUGGGAAGGGUUGGGAGAAUCAGUUAUAGCUUGACUAGUAAAAAGCUUUUGGGAAUAGCACAGAAAGCAACAAAACUGAACUUCAGGAUCCCCCAGAUGUUUCUGGAGCCAUAACCCAGCAUUUUCCUUUUUGACUUUAAUUCUCCUUGCUAUUUAGGUGCAUCUCUGGAAUCUUCUAUGUCUAUAUUGGGGAGCUUUUUUGUUUGUUUAGGCAUUUUUGCUGAGAGUUGAGCUUGAAAUUCAAUUUUACAAAACCAACUUCAUCCUGUUGCUCUUUAUGCCUCAGGCUAAAGGAUAGAACCA